AUGAAUCUCGCUCGACCCCUGCCAGUCGCAAGGAGAAUCUUCUGGCCCGAGAGCGGCCUGUCGACACCGCGGAGCCGGCCGAGUCGUGGGCGCUCGGCGUCCGUGCUCGUGGGAUGGACGGUGGCCAACGACAUUCAUGUGGUCUGGAAGCAUUCCUGUGGCAAGAGCAUCCGUCCUGACGACCUCGCCCGCCUGCUCCAGUUCAUCAGGACCGUCGAUCCGACCCUCGACAUUGUCGGCGUUUGUGCGGACACCCUCGACUCGCUCGAUCCCUCUGUGGAAGCAUCGCCGGAAUGGAUCUAUGUCUCUGCUGAAUCCGUCCUUCCCGUCCCACUCGCUCACAGCGAGUCGUGGCAGGUUGUCUUCUACCUUCCGCCCAAGACGACGGCUCUGCGAUAUCUAUCCAGAGACACUCUCGAGUUUGAUCUGUGUGGAUCGCUGGUCAAUCCCGGAAAGGCAGGCUCGACGAUCCGAGAGAAGCUCCUGCGGAGCAUCUCCGUACCCGCGACUGCCUGUAGCCACGACGAGUAUCUGGAUGGGAUGAAUCAAACUCACUCAAUCCAAGUCCAGCUGAGUCGCUAUGGAUCGCAGCCAUGUCUUCACCUCGUCCUGGCCGAUCAUUUCUUCCAAACCAUCUCCAGUGUCUGGGCCUGGACAGUCGCCAAGUUUACCAUCCCUGCCCUCUACAUCAUUUUUGCCAUGCGGAUGUUCGCCGAGGUUUCCAUUUUCGCGCUGAACUUUGAUCUCCUCGGCCUCCGGAAGAAACCCAUCGAACCUGCCGACAGCGACCCAUCGGUGCUUCCAUCCAGACAGCAUGUGGACGACGCCGGCGGCGAGGCAGAGCCGGCGGCCGUGCUGUCGAUGGCCAAUCUCUUUGUCUCGUUCCGUCAGCUUGAUUUGCGACUACAGCAAUUAUGCUUCUGGCCAUAUCAGUAUGUCUGUUGGAAGCAGAGCAAUCGGCAGCUCAUUCAUGUGGGACUGGCCCAGUACAUCGGGGUCUACAAUACAAUCUGGCUGGUCACCAAUGACAUGAUCAUCGGAUUUGGAGUCGCCGUCCUGGUGAUGGAAAACGCCGGUCUCAUUGCCAACUGGCUGGUGUAUCUGAUGGAGACUCUGGCUCUGCAGUCCAUGCGCGAGACAAUUGUGUGGCUGAUGGGCGCCCCCGCUGGACUCAAGCUCAACAGCGAAAUGAAUGGGUUCAUAGGAAACCUGUUUCUCUUUAUCCUGGAUGUUUGGCAAGCGCUUUUCGAAGUAUUCAAACCCCACCUGAAAACAGUCAUCCACACACUUGCCUAUGGAGGCUAUCUUGGACUGUCGAUGAUCAUUGGGCUCUUCUUUGACCUCGUGCAGAUCAUGACGUUCCAUCUGCACAUAUUCUAUCUGAUGAGCGCCAGACUGUACCAUUGGCAGGUGAAUUGCAUGAGGUCUCUGUUUACGUUGUUUCGAGGAAAGAAGAAGAACAUCCUUCAGAAUCGAUACGACUCCUCGGACUACGGGGUCGAUCAGCUGUUGAUUGGGACGAUAUUCUUUACGGUCCUAGUGUUUCUGUUCCCGACCUUGGCGAGCUACUACUUUGCGUUUUCGAUGCCGCGUGUUGCCUCGGUGCUCCUCUACUCGACAGUCGAAAUUGCCCUGGCGAUCAUCAACCACUUUCCACUCUUUGCACUGAUGCUUCGCGUCAAGGAUCCACAGCGUCUGCCAUCUGGAAUAGCAUUUGAGAUCAUCGACGGCGAUCAAGUGUGGUUUGGAUCCAAUGAGCACACAUUCCUGCGAGUCAAGAGUAUGCCCGCAUCGCUGUCGACCAUCUUCUACGAAUACCAGUAUCUUCUGAAGCGGGUCUUUUCGUACUAUCUCUCGCGCAACAUCCUCAAGGCGCUGCUCACAGGCAGACGCAUCCAACGCAUUCCUAAACUGCAGUAUCCAUCGCUACCGCCACGCAGCACGAUGCAGCUAUGGAGCUCGGUUGGCUUCAUGGAGUUCCUGCGAGCGCCCGGCCCACCCCGCUCGGGCUAA